CGCCGGAGCGGAGCGCAGUCGAGCCGAGCCGAGCGGAGAGCGGGCCGGAGCUUGGGUGGUCCCCGCGUGCGCGUCCCCAACAGCCGCCGGGCGCCAUGCGGGUGCUGCUGGCUCUCCUGGCGCUCGCGGCGCUGCUGGCACCCCGCCGGAGCGUGGCCUCCCGCGGGGACCAGCCGCCCGCAGUGCCUUCACCAACGCAGAUUGCCAUAACAUCUGAAAAUUUCAAAACUAUCUUGCAUUGGCAGUACCCACCUAUGUCUGAAACUCCUCGUUUUAUUGUGGAAAUCAAACCUUACAACUUAGGUUACUAUAACAUCGUCUCAACUUGUGUGAACAUUUCAGCUCGUUUUUGUGAUGUCUCAAGGGAAAUACAUGACCCUUUUGCCUCUCACUGGGUUCGAGUGAAAGCUGUUGUUGGGUCACAACAGUCUGAGUCUGUUGAGACAAAUGAGUUUAUUUUGCAAAAGCAUGGAAAAAUAGGACCACCAAAACUGAAUCUCUCAAGGCAUGGUGAUAAAAUCGUGGUUGAUAUUUACCAUCCUGCAUUCCCAUCUGUGGAGCUUGUUCCUUGGAUGGAAGAGAUUUAUUCAGAGCCCAUGUACUUGGUGACUUUUUGGGAUAGUAAAAAUCAGAGUAAAGAAGAGUUCACUGAAGACAAUUGUACAAUAUAUAAAUGUAGCCUCAACAUCCCAGUUCCUGCUGAAGGUUCCACUUACUGUGUUUCAGCAAAGGGAAGUUUCUAUGGCAGUCUGAUGGUUGGCAUCCCAUCAGAAGAAAGCUGCAUUCAUGUUCCUUUCAAGCAGACAUUGAGCACACAAUAUAUCAUCAUUCUGUGUGGUGUUACUCUGAGCCUGAGUCUAAUGUUGACAGUAUGUUGUGGCUGCAAGAAACUAAGGAAGAAGAACAUAAAGCUGCCUAAGUCUUUGGUCAGUGUGAUAAGAAACCUGAAUACAGACAGCAUUCUAGAAUCAAAAUCGGAGGCAAAAUACGUAUCUGUAAUGAGCUUCGCGCCAAGCCAGUCAGAGUUGCCAGCGAAUGAUGAAGUAACCUCACUGGCGGUAGAGCCAAAAGAAGACAUUGUUAGUCCUGAGAAUUCCAGUGAAGAAGCAUCUUCUGUUCUUCCCCCAGAGGCACCAGCCAAAGCAGAAGAGGUGUCUGUGCAGGAAAGCACAGAGGAGGUAUCUUCUGAUGACGAACAGAAUCGCAAAGUAAAAGAGAGUUAUUUCAUUUCUGACAGUAGCCAAAUGGAUAUAUGCAGUAACUCUUCAGGUCCAGAGGUUUCUGCCACAGAAAUAAAACAAACAGUCGUGCCAAGCAGCUGUCUCAAGUUUUCUGGCUAUGACAAGCCUCAUGUUCCAUUAGAUAUGUUGAUAGAUGUUGGUGAAGAACAGCCUGUGAUUGCUUACAGGCCAACUGACUAACCAGGAUAGCUGAAGUGUUUAACCAGAACUGAGGAAGAACAGCAUUACUGAAGAUUAUGGAAAGUCUGUGUUGUAUUACGAACAUCUAUAAGUUGUACUUUUCUGAUCCAACCAAAGUAACUAGUACACAACUUAGUACAGUAGGAUCUUGAAAUGGAACUGAAAGUAGUGCCUGAGAACAGCAUAAAAAGUGGGGGGAAAUUUCAUAAUAACCACUUUAGAAGUGUUUGUGUAUAUGACAUAACUUACUAUUUCCUAUUUGAAAUAGAGCUCUUUUUUAACAGUACUCUAUGGAGAACAGACUUCAUGAAGGAGUAUAAAACAGCAGCUGUAUCAUUAUUCCCUUCUGUUUCAAAUCCUUUUUAAAAUUAAUUCGAUGAACAUAAUGCUUAAGUCCUUCACUUGGUUACAAUAGAGAUGUGCGAGAAAUAUUUGGAGAGUUUUUGCCUUUAUUGGAGGUAUUAUCUUGCUUGUCUUUUUCUUUUGAAGAGUAUUUUUGUAUUAAACGAAAUGCUACUAUUUCUUUUAAGUAAGAAUAUGCCUAUAACGUUUUCCUGUAUAUCUUAAGAAUUUGACUCCAUGGCCAAGAACCAGUUAUUUAGAGUCUUUUCUGCAAUAGAAGUAUGUACUUUCAGGAUGGUUACUUUGUACAUUUCGGUGGGAAAAUUAUAGACUUUUUCCUUUGUAACAUAAGUGCUGUGACUAAAAAAGCUGUUUUUAAAAGUGCUGUUAUUUUUGUGUAGCUACAUCUGUUUGGAUCACCUAGAUAUGUUGUGUAACCAUGUCACAUUCUGGAUAACUCCUGUAUUAGCAUGCUGGCUGAUCGUCAUUGGAAAAAAAAAGUGUAUAAUGGGUGGUUGCAUAAAUUCUUUAAAAAAUAUUUUCAAAAUUCAAAAGCCUGCUUUCCUCCAGAGCAUUUUUAUCCUAAUUCUUAGAACAAUAGAAAUCAACAGGACUUCGUUCAAACGUGUUUUCUAGCAGGUUGAAAAUGACUACCAUUUUUCCCCUUUUUAUGGCAUAGCUCGGGAACUACACCAAAUUACCUCCCUCUAAAAAUACAUCUCAAGACAACAGAGAAGUAGUGUGGUAAGUUGUAGUUCAUAAGUUAUUCUCAUCUGACAGCCCUUUGAAUUUUGUAGCAUGAGAUGGUAGUUUUGAAAACUGAAGGAUGAGGAUUUUAUUCUUUAUAUUUAAAAACUUUUGACUCUAAUGCCUGCAAUCCAGUUAUUUCCCUUUAGUCAAGAUUUGAUGGGUAUUUUCUGUUUGUAGGAAACGUUUACAAUAGUUCCUAAUGAAGCUUAGUUCAGAAAAAAGUUGUUUUACAGACACAAGGUUGUCUGUAUACAGUGUUUAUACAAAACAAAUACUUUGUUUUUAUAGAUACAUUUUAUAGGAUUAUCAGAAAUGUUUGCAUGUUAUAGCAGGUGGUUUUAAAGGAAAACCAGUAUCAUAGUACUUCUGUCCUUACGCUUCUCAGUGGCAUGAGUAAUCCUAAGAUAAAGUUAGUUUAUACAAUAGUUUCUGGACCACUUCCAUUCCUGCAGAUGUCAGACAUUAACCCCAGUGGUACAUUCUCAAUUCCCAAAGAUUUAAAGACAAUAGCUAUUUUUCCCUUCUUUACUCCUGGGAAGAUAACAGAUUUGUUAGCAGGGUUUUGAUAAUGUUAGGAAGAGCCCAGUCAAAGAGGUGAAUUUUGUAGUUAUGGUGUAAUGGAAAGCCCAACUAGAAAGAUUUUGGUAUGCGUUAGCUGGUUUUGAUUUGUUUCUGCAUUAUGUUCAAAUGUAGCGAGACCCCCUAGUAACUUUUUCAAUGUUGUGUUCUGGGUUGCGUUCCUAGAAGGCAGUGCUGGUGACUUUUUGCUUAGGAUCCACUAGUGUGUAGAUAUCUCCAUUGUGGAAGUGCAGAAAACUCUUUUGGUGUUACAAGAAGCUUCUGAAAAUCAGAAUUAGCUUACACUUUGAAACUUCAACUAAGCUGACUUUUCAGUUAAUAAUAGGUUCACCGCUGAAUUGUGUUUUUAGCAGUCUGUCUACUAAGGAGAUGAGCAGCUGCAACUUGGGCAGAGCGUGAAGUUAAUGUAAUUUCUUUCAGGUUUUGUAGGUUUGUUGAUAAAUAUGAACUGCAGUAAAUACCUCUGGACUUCAUAAACGUCAGGCAAGUGUUUAAGUUAAACUUGGCUCAGAAGGGAGAAGUAGGGCGUUGGAAACUGAGAUUACCUUGUUUUGGGGGAAGAAGUUUCUGAUCAGACAAUUUGCUGAGUAUCUUCUUUGCUACUGCUCAGAGUAUUUCAUCUUCUUGCAAUUGGUAGGUUGUUUUCCUUCUGUCAGUUUUGUCCAAAAAAAAAAAAUGUUGCUGUUCUCCAAGAAGAUGAGGAAUUAGCCAUAGUAGUCAUUCUAUUCAGUAUAUCUGCCUCAAAACUAUUCUGUCAGAAGUAUGUAAUUUCUUGGAAGUGUUAUAUUUACAUUAUUAACAGUGCAUGUUGAAACCCUGGCACUUUUAGGAAAAUUAUUAAGAUUCAGCCUCUUAGAUUUGUGUGAACCUAAGAGAUCACUAAGUGUUUUCUGUUCUGGAAGGUUUUCCUUUGCUGCCACACUGGAAGAGGAAUGUUAUUUUUUGCCUGUGUGUGGGCAGAUAGAUGCAUUUUAAAACCAAGUGACUGUCUCAGAUUCUUUUGUCUUCCCCCUGCAAUACUACUGCAUUGUACAUUGUCCUGAAUCUUUCAAGUCACAUAGAACCCUAUGUGAGUAAAAGGGACCAGCCAGGUGCUAGGAUAUAAUUAAGCACAAGGAUGUUAAGAUCGAUCAGAAAUAUAUCACGAGCAUAUGGGAAAAAUUUGGCAUGGCGGGUAGUUACAUGUAAUGGAAAGGCACUGUUACUCUGUAAGCUGAAAAUCAAGCAUAGGAGUAUGAGUGCUUUGUGCUAUACAACAUAUAUAUGUGCACAACUGACCUCUUCUUGUAACAUUUACAACGUUAAAUGUAUUUUUUUUAAUGAAAAUUUCUGAACUGUAAUUGCAACAGCCACUGAAUUAUCACCCUCCCUGCAGGUAUGUCUUCUAUGUGCUGUGUACUUAACAAGUAGGCAAUAGCACAGGGAUAGUUUAGAUGUUUAAAUUACUCAGGCCAACUUGCAGGUUUUAUAAUUGUGAAAUAAAGUUUAAGGGUGCGCAAAGCACCAGAUUCUUUUAUUAGCUGUGACUAGCUGAAAUCGUGAGGCCACAGUGAGACAAGAAUGUGUUCCCUGGGUCAAUAAGCUCUAUUUUCCCCAGUCUUGUUUCCAGCAGUUGCUAGUAGUGGUAUUGAGAGAGCCUAAAACCACGGCAAGUGCAUGAUGGUAUUUCUACUAGGAUACAAUCCAGCAGCCUGCAGUGUGAUGACUUCUUGUGAUAGGGAACAUAGAAAUGCCUUUCCAGCUACAGCUGGUUAGCCUUGCUUUUGCAGUUCUGUAGUACCAAAUAUCUGAGCCCUGUGGUUUGGAAGCUGCCAGGUAGUAUUUAUCUAUGCAUUUUCACUUAACUACUGAAUGAGUUUAAAUUAAUAAAGUAAUACUCUUGUGAUGAACUA